AUGACUGAUACUUACAAAAACGUACGAAUUCCUGGUCCGAAUGAUAACGUCUACAAAGACGAAUGCCUCUAUUCAUUCGAUAAUCCAGAAUCGGAAAAUGGUCUUUUUAUCUGCAUGUCAACAUUUUAUGGUUUGGGAAAAGAUCACGUGGCAAGACAUUGCAAAGCUAAUCCGGACAAAAAUGUCUUCUUGCAUAUUCUCAGACGGCGAAAGCCGAUUCCAGUUGAUCCAGAUGCUGAACCAGCAAAGAUUACCAAGAUGGCUAUAGGAAUCGAAGGCGGAUUCGAUCCGAACGGCACAAAACGAUUUACAUUUGAGGAAAAAUAUUCAAUUUAUGUACAUCCGAAUAUAGUUAUCGCAUAUCCGGAUGAGACUGGUCAAUUACCGGAGCAUGUUAAACAAUCAGCUGAAGGAAUUAUUGCGGCAGAAUCAGCAUUUUUAAAAGAAGAACGUGCAUUAAUGAAUGCCACAUGGAACGGUGAAGUGCGAAGAGAAACGAAACAUGCUCAUUCGUUACAGCAAUUGGAUAAUGGUCGAAAAAUUCCUCCAAAUGGAUGGAAAUGUGAACAAUGUGAUUUGAAAGAUAACUUAUGGUUGAAUUUAACUGAUGGUGCUAUUCUUUGCGGGCGAAGAUUUUAUGAUGGAAGCGGAGGAAAUAAUCAUGCUGUUGAACAUUAUAAGAAAACAAACUAUCCAUUGGCUGUCAAACUUGGAACAAUUACACCGAAAGGGGCUGAUGUUUAUUCCUAUAGUGAAGAUGAUAUGGUUGAAGAUCCUAAUCUCGCUGUGCAUUUAUCACAUUGGGGUAUUAAUAUGAUGAAUAUGGAAAAGACUGAUCGUUCGAUGGCUGAUCUGGAAAUUGAAAUUAAUCAGAAAUACGGUGAAGCGUCAAUGAUUGAGGAAGCCAACUCAAAAUUGCAGCCAGUUCAUGGCGCUGGGUAUACGGGAAUGAAAAACCUAGGCAAUUCUUGUUAUUUAAAUUCAGCGAUGCAAGUUUUAUUUACAAUCAAAGAUUUUCAAGAGAAAUAUUAUCGACAUUGUGACUUCUAUUUCGAUAAAGCCAAAGAUCCCCCACAUGACUUCAACGCUCAAACAGCUAAGCUUGCCUUUGGAUUAUUGUCUGGACUUUAUUCUCGUGAAUUACCUGCCAGUAUUGAUGCAGCCUUCAAGCCACCCUCGUGUAUUCGGCCGCAAAUGUUUCGAACUUUAAUCGGCCGCGAUCACGCUGAGUUCGGUACGAAACAACAGCAAGAUGCUGCAGAAUUCAUUGAAUACUUUCUCGAACAAGUUCAUAAACAUUGUGCAAGUGAUCCAACACCGGACGCAUCACUCGAUCCAAGUAGUUGCUUUCAAUUUCAAUUAGAAGAACGGAUAUACUGUCCAGCAACAGGUCAAGUACGAUAUCUAACACGAGAUGAUACAAUGUUUCGAAUUAAUGUACCGCUCGAUGCGGCGAAGAACAUGCAUGAAGUUCUUCAGUACAAUAAAACGAAAGAGGAUCUAGAAAAACAAGGCAAAAAGAUCAACGAUUUACCGAUUGUCCGUCCAAUAAUUCCACUUACACAAGCUGUUGCUCGUUGGGCUGAACCCGAAGUGAUUGACGAUUUUAAAAUCAAACGAAGCCAACCGAGUACAACUGUGCGAAAAACCCAACGAUUCUUGACAUUUCCCGAUUUUCUUCUCGUUCAAUUGAAGAAAUAUACAUUCAAUGACGAUUGGACACCGAGAAAACUGGAUGUUUCCAUGGAAAUACCAGAUGACAUCGACUUAAAUUCACUACGAGCAAAAGGCUUUCAGCAUGGCGAAACGCCAAUGUCGGACGAUGAUGAACCAAUUACUCAAACGACAGCAUCGAAAUCGAGUGAACAAAUUAACGAAGUUUAUCUACAGCAACUUAUGGAAAUGGGAUUUUCGUCGGAUGCUUGUAAGAAAGCAUUAAUUCAUACGGGUAACAAUAACAUUGAAGCAGCGUCCAAUUGGUUAUUUGAACAUCAAGCCGACGCUGAUUUUGAUCAACCCUACAAACUAACGGAUGUUGCUUCUUCACCUAUCUUAGAUGAAGAGAGUAUUUCGUUAGUAAUGUCGAUGAAUUUCUCACGAUCACAUGCUGAACGGGCAUUAGCCAUGACGAACAAUAAUGUUGAAGCAGCUGCUGAUUGGGCAUUCAGUCAUCCUGAAGAUAGUUCAACUUUACAUGCGUUGAUGGAAGCAUUACCUCAAUCAUCUCCAUCACGUCAUGCAACCAAGAAAACUCAUUUUCGAGACGGAAGCGGCAAGUAUCGUCUUGUUGCAUUCAUCUCUCAUAUUGGAACAACAACAUCAUGCGGUCAUUAUGUCGCACAUAUUUUAAAAGAUGGCCGAUGGGUUAUAUUCAAUGAUGAAACAGUGGCAGUAUCCGAACAUCCUCCAAAAGAUUUAGCAUAUCUCUAUCUAUACAAACGUUGCGCAGCAUAG